AUAAAAUAUCAGCUGAUUAAAUAUGGAUUUUUUGUCCGAAUGCAAUAUAUAAUCAGCUAGAAGGUAUUACACAGCGCGUUGAAAUGCAGUUAAAUAGUAUGAACGAUUUGCUACAGUUUAAAGAUUUCUCUGAUUCUCCAAAUAUCAGUCCACUACCGGUAGAAAUCAAUAUAAAUUCGCCAACAUUUUCACUUGGGGCGGAAAAUAAUUGUGCACGCGAUAAUCAACUUUCAGAUCUUAGGUAUGACAUGGAGGUUGUCGUUAAUAUGAAUAAUAACGCAGAUGUACUCAUAGAAGACAGAAAUUGUAGUAGUGAAAAGCUGUCUUUUCUCUCAAUAGAAUGCUAUCAACAGUUUUUUAAUGUUGAUAUGUAUAUGGUGUUAGAGCGAAUUGUUAACUCAAUCAUUCCACAGAGAGCUGAUAUUACCUAUCUACGUUCGAACAUAGGACGAAAUCCAGACAUGUAUGGACCAUUUUGGAUUGCGGUUACACUGAUAUUUUCAAUUGGCAUUAGUGGAAAUAUUGCGUCUUAUUUACAACAUAUUAAUGACAAUUUCCAAUGGCAUUACAACUUCCAUUUAGUUUCUUAUGCAGCAUCAUGUAUAUUUCUUUAUGCAAACUUAGUUCCAGCAACAUUGUGGGCGAUUUUUAAAUAUGGCCUUAAACCAGUAGAAAAAGGUCUUCAAACAGAAAAUGCAUAUCCGGAUCACAGAUGUCCCGCAGCAGUCCAUAAGAGUACAUUCCAAUGUUUUUUAAAAGGAUCGAACGCUUGAUCUUGUCGUCCUGACAAGCCAUUUUAAUAAAAUGGGAGUCUAGAAUCUCCACCCAGUCGCACCAACUGUCCACCUGCGGUCUGAACUCCCGCUCACCUGACGUGGUCAUACUUGUGAAACACACACUUUUUUUUUGUGCCAUAUUUUCCAAAAAUUUUUUUUUUAUAAUAAUUUUUGCGUAAUUUAA